AUGGCGAACAAUACCAGCGCCAUGGAUGCGCUUCUGAGCAAUCAUUCCCGUGAGAAUCGGGGACCCGAGGUUCUGGCAGCAUGCAUCAUUAGCAUGUUCUUCUGUGUGCUGGCUACUGUGGUCCGCCUCGUGGCCCAGGCCACCAUCCGCCGCCUCUUCACACCAGAUAGUAUCCUUAUCAUAUUUGCAUCCAUACUAGCCCUGGCAGUGUCCAGUUGCACUAUUGCUGCUGUGAAGAAUGGACUAGGUCGUUAUGAGUACUGGGUUAUGAAGGAGGAUCCCCAUCCCCCCGAGAGAACGGCGUUCAUCUUCGAGAUGGGCUACGUGGUGACCGUGUUGCAAGCCGCAGCCCUCAUGUUCAACAAGCUUUCUAUCCUUUUCUUCUACCAGCGCGCCUUCAACUCCAUCAUAAGAUCCCUACGCUAUACCAUCUGGGCCCUUUUUGUCUUCUGCACGGGGCUAGGUGUCGGAUCUACCAUCGCCUUUAUUUGCGCCUGCGUGCCACCACAAAUGUUCUGGUUGCGCGUGUAUCCCAUCUUCGGCUUUGAACCCCCGGAGCCCUUGCACGGACACUGCGAGCCCCAGCGGUUGCAUUUGGGCGUUCCCCUACUUCUCGAUCUGUUCUCCGAAGUAGUUAUGCUCUUGGUCCCGGUAUUUGUUCUUUGGAACCUCCAGAUGCCGUGCCGCAAGAAGGCUGCGGUGAUCUUCACGUUUUCGUUGGGUGCGUUCGUGACAGCCAUCUCGGCGGUGCGUUUCUAUUAUUCAUGGAAGCUGGAGAACGGGGGAGAUCUGUCUUGGGAUGACACGGACAGUUAUAUGUGGAAUAGUGUGCAGCUCUGCUGGGGUGUGGUGACAGCGUGUAUCCCCGCAUCAGCGCCAUUGUUGCGCGUGGUCCAGAAAUCAACUACGGUGUCUAAAUCCCGCCGUCCGUUCAAACCACAUGGAUAUAUGAUGUCGACGAACGGUCGGGUUGCUCAAGGUAAAGGGCAAAGGCAUGCGCAGCGCCUCGAUAGUGUAACUGAAUUGACUAACAGUUCGUGGGAUGAGGGGGAAUCGGGCCCAUGGACGAACUCUGCCGAUCCAUCGCUGGAGCUUGAGGAGGGCAGGAGGGAUAAGCAUCAGCCAUGA